AUGCCUAAACCAAGUCAUGUCCAUGUCCCCUCACAACUGUUUUCAUCUGGCUUCUCACGAAUCGCCUUCGCCUUCGUCACUCCAUCAACGGUAUCCGUUACAGCUACGCUUUUCUCUCUUAUCCUAAUAGCUAUUGCUGGCCUUCGCCUCGUAUUGUCGGCACCCACACCGCGUUAUUAUCUCAACUACGAUAACAAUACCAAGAAUGACCAUGUCCAGCAGCCCUUUCAGGUGCAGGUUGGCCUUCGCCCCUACUAUCUGGUUGACAACAUGGACGAGGGGCCGUUGAAACAAAAGCUGCAGUCUUGUUCUGAAAAGACGUCCAAGGUCAGCAAGUUUGUCGUUGGACACCGCGGUGCCCCUCUUCAGUUUCCCGAACAUACAAGGGAAUCUUAUAUGGCUGCUGCGCGUGAAGGUGCUGGGGCCAUUGAAUGCGAUGUCACUUUUACAUCGGACAAGAAGCUUGUUUGUCGACAUGAUCAAUGCGACUUACACUACACUACCAACAUUCUAGCCACUGACCUCGCUGCUAAAUGCACCAGAGGCUUCACCCCUUAUGAUGUAGCAACGGGAACCGAUGCGACGGCAAACUGCUGUGCCAGCGACAUCACUCUGGCUGAAUUCAAAACGCUAUGCGGCAAGAUGGAUGGCUUCAACCCAAACGCCAGCACCGCUGAGGAAUUCAUGGCCGGCACGGCAAAGUUUCGCACCGACCUAUACUCGACCUGCGGCACACUCCUAACACACGUCGAGAGCAUCCACCUAAUUGACAGCUACGGUCGCGACUUCACGCCAGAAGCCAAGCACACCGAAGUGCAGAUGCCGUUCAACGGGUACACGCAAGAACAGUAUCUCCAAGACAUCAUCGACGACUACAAGAAUCUCGGCAUCGACCCCGCGCGCGUAUGGCCGCAGUCAUUCGUGCCAGACGACGUAUUCUGGUGGAUCAAAAACGAGCCCGAGUUCGGCAAGCAGGCCGUCUAUCUCGAUGAACGGAUGGAGACGCUCGAAGGCUACAACAUGGCCACGGCCAGCUUACCCGCGCUCGCGCAGGCGGGCGUCAAGAUUGUAGGACCUGCUCUAUUUGCGCUGACGAAGCUGGAUACCGAUCGGAAGAUUGUGCCGUCCGAGUAUGCGAUCGAGGCUAGGAAGGCGGGGUUGGAGAUCCUGCCGUGGAGUUUUGAAAGGUCUGGGUGGUUGAAUCAAGGGGGCGAGUACUUUUACCAGUAUAUCGCGCCUGUUAUUCGGAAGGAUGGGGAUAUGUAUACGGUGCUGGAUGUUUUGGUGAACGAUGUGGGGGUUUUUAAAAUGUACUCGGAUUCGCCGGCGACGGUUGUUUAUUAUGCCAAUUGUAUGGGGUUGCCUUGA